AAAUAUUAAAAAGUGGACCCACUUUUCUUUUCUACUGCGUGUGUUACAUAAAAAAGAAAGAGAAAAUCCCCGUCUCUGCCUGCAUCCAUCUCUCUUCCAUCUCUCUGAGUCAAUAAGCUUUCGAUCCAUAGCCUUUAUGGAUUUCAGAUUCAAUUCUCCUUUAGCUUCCUCCUCGUUCGCCGCCGUAGUCUGUAACCUCGCUAUCGCAACUGUUGCUUCUCCGUCGCCAUCUCAGCCGUCCAAAUCCGAUCUUCCCCUCGCGCUCUGGUUGCGGCACUCGCUUUUUACCGUUCCCUGAUAGGUAAUCUGCUUCAGUUGUUUCCAAAAGUGAUUGACUUUUUUCAUUCGUUCUGUCUUGGAAAAUUUAUUUGUUCUCCAAGUUUUCUGCAUAGGGGACUCAUCAAAUAACCUAAUUUUGGUUUUCACCUCUGUUUUUUACCUGGGAUCUUUGAACUUAUAUAACGAGUAGCUAUCCUUCAGCGGAUAGUAAUUUAUUCAGGUGCGCACUGUAUGUAUGUAUGCAUUGAACUAGUAAUAAGAUGAGCGCGUCUACUAGUGAAAGAAAUCCCGUGCGUGGCAGUGCUAAAGCUAAAUGCACUUCAGGUUGGGCGGCUUUUGACCUUAAGCAUAGACAGAAAUCGCAAAUCAUCGAACUCAAUAAGGUUUCUGAGGGUUACCCCUUGUUAUCUGGCCCCACUUUCCCCAAUAACCUUUCCAACAAACAUGCUUCUCUAUUAGAGAAGCCCUUUUCGUCUGUAGUUGCAACCCCUAUAAAUUUUCCUUCCUUAGUUGACACCACUGAUGGUAACAAGAAAGGCCGAGCUCCAGUUGGUAAUGAUUGUCUUCGUAGUGCUCAGAAUAUUGAGACUGAUAAUGAGUUCAUUGAGGUUUAUCAGAAGCUUAAGUGUCUUCAUCCUUGGGCGGAUGAAAGCUUGAUUCGGGAUGUCCUAGCCGGCGUGAGCAAUGAUGUUGAUAGUGCUUUAUCUUUACUGGGAGAUAUGCUUAUCUCUGAGAAUAAAGUUGCCGAGAGCAAGAAAGUCGAGCCUAGUGGAAAUGCUGUUCCAUCCUUUGACGUUGAAGGUGGUUCUGUGGGAGAGAAUAAAGAUGUAAGCUUUACCAGCAAUGAUUCUUUUAGUAAGGAAUUCAAGGAUGAUUUGAUUAGUAAGGAAUUCAAGGAUGACUUAACUUCAGCACAAUUACUGGAUGCUAUCAAGUCCUUACCCAUUGAACCAGAGGCUGAGUGGGAAGAGGAUGAUGUUUACUUAAUCCACCGAAAAGAUGCUAUAAGUAUGACCAGAUUGGCAUCGCGCCAUUCUAAGGCCGCAAAUGAUGCAUACUUAAGAGGUGAUCAUAAAGCGGCCAUUCAGUUCUCACUCAAAGCACGGGAAGAAUGGACUGCUGCUCAGAAGCUGAAUUCCAAGGCAGCCAAGGAAAUUCUGAAUGUGAGGAACUGUGAAAAUGAUCUAUGGACAUUGGACUUGCAUGGUCUACAUGCAGCAGAAGCAGUUGAAGCAUUGCGUGAACGUUUACAAAUAGUUGAACCUUUAUUUUCACCAAAUUGCUUGGCCACACUUGAUGCGGUCCAGAAGGAGUCAUGCAUGUCUCUUGCUGCAUCUAUGUCGUCCGCAGCUCAUGUUAAGAUGGAAAAGUUUGGGAGACUGUUCCUUCCAUCCAGGCAGAGGCAAAACUUAUUACAAGUUAUAACAGGAAGGGGCAAUCAUAGCCGCGGAGCAGCUGCACUUCCAUCAGCUAUUAGAAACUUUCUCAGUGAGAACAGAUAUCACUUUGAUGAGACUAGGUCAGGGAUGAUCAUGAUACGGCCCAAGUUUAGGCGACAGUAGACUACCUUCCCGUGAUGCUACUGGCAGGAAUUCAGAUCUAUUGCUAUCCAUUGUUCUUGCACAUGAUGUAAAAUCACAACUUAUCCCCAUGUCAUGCUUAAUUCCAUUGUGUCUAGAUUUUUUGAUAAAAGUUGCUCUGAUACUAUGUCAUUGUUCGUUAUCUCCCACCAAAGGAUAUGUUUGUAAUUGUUGCUGCCCAUGUAACUGUUGUGUUAUGCAUGCUAGACAUUUUCCCGGCUCACUUUUGAAGUCGUCCGAGGAUUGUUUUGAGCAUUUAACAACAUUUAGUAUGUUUGUGCUAGUAUGUCAUUUAGCCGUAGGAAGUGGUAAAAGGGAAAAAUUAAGACAACCCCCAAAUUUACUUUUAACCUAUGUACCAAAAGAAGUCUGUUACACUUGCUCAUAUUUUGUGUAUUGUUAUUUUUUAUUUUAUUUAAUCCUUACAUGGCCAACACAGCCAGUUCUUGGAAGGUCUUUCACUGCCUCUUCCUUCCUGAGAGGUUGGUAUACAUCCCACCCGCACCAUUAGCAUCACGAGGACCUCAGCCUGACUAACGUAUUAAGAAACUGGCAUUUGUCUUAUUUGGUUUGAUCACAGCUAAAAUUUGUGUUUAUUAUCAUGUUUAUGCGAUAUGCAUCUGGAAAAUGGAUUGAAGCUAGAGCAAGGAUGAUGCCCACAGAACACAGGGAACACAUGGUAAAUGACUUUUGGUGAAGUAUUUUGAGCAAACCUCGGUCUUGGGAUUAUAUGCCUGAUGUCUUAUGAUUUUUCUCAUAAUUUUGAAUGUAGUGCCUUCAUAGCUUCUAUUAUGCAUGUUUGUACUGGACUCAGUUAUUAAUUAUUAUGCAUGUUUGUACUGGAGGUUAUUCAACAUUACUCCAUCAACACACUACACCAUCAUGCAUUUUAUUUUCCACGUAUUUUUCAGCAAUAGUUCCCUUCAUAUUCAAUACUGCUACCGAGCAUGUUCAGUGACAUAGAUAAUAUACAAG